AAAUUGGUAAUCGAAUCAGUUGGGUGAUGAAAGAAUGAAACUUAAUCAACUUCCUGAAGUACAUGGGGAGGACAUCUGGGGAAGAGAUACGUUAUCUUGGUUUCAAAUUCUUUCCUGAUUUUUGACCCAAUAAGGCAAAUUUAGUUCCCAAAAAACAUUCAAGGCCAAACAAUAUCACCAAGAUCCAAAAAACUUCAGUCGGAAACACAAUGGUACACAAAGCUUUAACCAAGGACAAGUUUCUCAAAAUCAUCCAGAAACAUGAAUCUACCCAGGACGUGAAGCUCAUCAAGAUGGAUUUGAAAUCUGGGGCUGAAAAGGGCCAGAAUUACUCUGGCCUGGUGGUGGCUUGCCAUUUAGAGGCCGAAGUCAAAGGCCAAUCCAAGACGUACAAUUGGAUGGCCAAGGUUCCCAUUGACGAUCCAAGUAGAUUUGAUUGGCUUCGAGGUUUUUUAUGCGCAAAAAGAGAGUUCAUGUUCUAUGACAACCUUUCCCCAGCAUUGAAAGAUUUCAUCGCCCGUCAAGGCGCCAAUAUCCAGUUGGACUUUUGUCCCUUCAUUUAUGGAGACUACAAAGAGGAAGCUACCAAAGAAGAAUGUGCGUUUGGUUCCAUGAUCAUAAUGGAGCAUCUGGGUCAUAUGGGUUACAAGGAACCAGUCAAUAAGAAAUUGGGGCUUGAUCUGGCCCAUUUAAAACUAGUGAUGAAAUCAUUGGCUAAUUUCCAUGCAGCCACCCAUGCCUUCUAUAAGAGCAAACAUGGUAGCCUUGAUAACAUGGUGGAAAAGGAGCCUGUUCAAGCCAGAGAUUACUUCAUGGCAAAUCCAAAAGAGAGCCUGUCUGAGCAAAUGAGCAUGUUCAAUGAUGGGUUGGUUGAUGGCUUUCUAACUGUAUUAGCGAACUCUGAUCCCAAUGGCGAGAAAUUUGUCCAAUCCUAUCAGCGUUAUUCCAAAGACAAGAUGGAUCCCAUCAAACUAAGGGAUCAAUUAUCCAGACCUGAUGCUUGUCGAUUCAACGUCCUCUGUCAUGGCGACCCUUGGUUUAACAACAUGCUUUUCAAGUAUGAGGAUGGAAUUCCAACCAGCAUGUGUUGGGUUGACUUUGAAUUAACCAAAUGGGCCUCACCCACCAUUGACAUUGCCUCCGUUUUGUACUUGUCAGCUACGCCCGAGAUUCGAAAGGCGCAUGAAAAUGAAAUUUUAGAGUUCUACCACCAAUCACUCAUUGAUGCUCUGAAAGAGUUGGGAGAUGACCCAUCUGUUAUAAGCUUAAGUGAAUUGAAAUCCGAUUACAAGAAAUGCUCCUUCUUCGGCUUUAUGAUGUCCUUGUGGUUUCUUCCUUGGAUGUUGGCCAAGCCAGAAGAUGCUAUGGGUUCGGAUGAAUUCACAGGCGAUUUCUCUGAUCCCAAGGUUGUCGAGGCCUUCAAUAAGAGGAAUCGGGAGCGAACGAAGAUUAUGAUGAAGAACGAACCUCGUAUUGGAUACUCCAUUGCCAGUGGGUUUUUGGAAAUGGUUGACAACGGAUACUUUACUCUUUAUUUGCAAAGGUACAUUCAAGAACAAAAUCCACAAAUUUUCGUCGUCAAAAACACAAUGGAACACAAAUCUUUAACGAAGGAAAAGUUUCUCAAAAUAAUCCAGGAGCAUGAAUCUACCCAGGAUGUGAAGCUUAUCAAGAUGGAUUUGAAACCCGGAGCUGAAAAGGGCCAAAAUUACUCUGGCCUGGUGGUGGCUUGCCAUUUAGAGGCCGAAGUCAAAGGCCAAUCCAAGACCUACAACUGGAUGGCCAAGGUUCCCAUCGAUGAUCCGGAUAAGUUUGACUGGCUUCGAGGAACUUUAUUUGAAAAGAAAGAGCUCAUGUUCUAUGACAAUCUUGUCCCAGCUUUGAACGAUUUCAUCGCUAGUCGCGGCUCCAAUAUACAGUUGGACUUUUGUCCCUUUAUUUAUGGAGACUACAAAGAGGAUGCUACCAAAGAAGAAUGUGCGUUUGGUUCCAUGAUCAUAAUGGAGCAUCUGGGUCACAUGGGUUACAAGGAACCGGCCAAUAAGAAAUUGGGGCUUGAUCUGGCCCAUUUAAAACUAGUGAUGAAAUCAUUGGCUAAUUUCCAUGCAGCCACCCAUGCCUUCUAUAAGAGCAAACAUGGUAGCCUUGAUAACAUGGUGGAAAAGGAGCCUGUUCAAGCCAGAGAUUACUUCAUGGCAAAUCCAAAAGAGAGCCUGUCUGAGCAAAUGAGCAUGUUCAAUGAUGGGUUGGUUGAUGGCUUUCUAACUGUCUUAGCGAACUCUGAUCCCAAUGGUGAGCAAUUUGUCCAAUCCUAUCAGCGUUAUUCCAAAGACAAGAUGGAUCCCAUCAAACUAAGGGAUCAAUUAUCCAGACCUGAUGCUUGUCGAUUCAACGUCCUCUGUCAUGGCGACCCUUGGUUUAACAAUAUGCUUUUCAAGUAUGAGAAUGGCACUCCGGUUGGCCUUUGUUGGGUGGAUUUAGCCAUGACCAAAUGGGCCUCACCCACCAUUGACAUUUCUUACGUUUUGUACUUGUCAGUCACGCCCGAGAUUCGAAAGGCCCAUGAGGAUGAAGUCUUGGAGUUCUACCACCAGUCACUUAUUAGCGCUCUCAGAGAAUUGGGAGAGGAUUCUUCCGUAAUAACUCUCAGUGAGUUGAAAUCUGAUUACAAGAAAUGUUACUUCUUCGGGUUCAUGAUGUCUUUGUGGUUCCUUCCUUCGAUGUUGGCCAAGCCAGAGGAUGCAUUGGGAGCGGAUGAAAUUACUGGAGAUUUCUCUGAUCCCAAGGUCGUCGAGGCCUUCAAUAAAAUGAGUCAAGAGCGGACCAAGAUAAUGAUGAAGAACGAGCCUCGUAUUGGCUAUUGCAUCGCCAAUGGAUUUUUAGAAAUGGUUGACAACGGAUAUUUUACGCUCUAAGGCUCCAUUUGAUUGAAUUUGGUUUUUGCUAACCCUAAGCAGCUUUUGGUUAGAAUGGCCAGAUCCUAAAGUCCAUUGAUCUUUGGUCAAGUUGACGCUAAUUAAGUAUGCAUUUUCAUUCCUUUGUCUCAAAGUUUCAUUUUUUUCUCUCCCCAUACAUGUGUUUUCUUUUUCAAAUCAUACUUCCCUCGGACAGGCACGAAUUCACCACCACGAACCUCAAAAGGUUAACAGUUUAAAAUGGGCAUUGAAUUUAUAGAAAGCAAAUUUAGUCAUCUAAAAACACCAUAAACCAAGGCCAUUGUAUCUAAAUCUUUGAUAUCAUUACCAUUUCCUAACGCCCACCAUUGCACAACCCCUGUGCAAUUAUUGAUUCUUACGUUAUUAAUUUUACAAUCUGAGCCUUAGAGUACGCUUGUCAUUGUGUUAUGAGCACGCUCCAUUCCAAAAUGGUGUCCAUCCGACCCAUCGGUUUCUACCAACUUCCAAUUCGUUUCAGUUGCUCUAUCAAAAUCGUUUGUUCAAUCAAAAUGUAGCAGAAAAAACAGGUUUUGAACGGUUUUUCAAUACAAGAAGCCACAAGUGUAUUUGGUAAUCAGGCGUGGUUCUUCCUCACUCAGUUCGCUUUCUUUUCGCUUGAGAGUUCAGGCUUUGUAACAUUUGACCUUUCGUAAGAAAUAUAUCCCCUAUCGACAA